AUGGACUUGCAGCUGUGCUGCAGGUUUUCGUCUGAUCCUAUGAAUUGCGCCUUUUGGUGCCUUGGUUUUUCAAUUGCCUCUUUAUCUCUCUCUCUUUCUCUCUCUUUCUCUCUCUCGGCUUUUCUAUCCUUUCCACUCUCGCCAGACUUGUCCAUCAUGUCUGACCUCAAGGCUACGGUAGCUGAAACCACGAACGGCUUUCAUGUCGAAGGGUAUGAGAAGAUCGAGUAUGACUUCACCUUCCUUGAUGGCGUCUUUGAGCUCCCAAAUUUGGAGCUAGCAAAUUUGUAUGAGAAAUGGGGCCGUUGCUUGGCCAUCAUGGACCGAAACAUCUAUGAGCUAUAUGGAAAUAAGAUGAAAAAAUAUUUUGAGCGCCAUGAUCUUGAACUGAAGAUUCACCAGACAAUGAUUGGAGAAAAGGCCAAGUCCUUGGAUACCUUCACCAAUAUUGUGGACUCAAUGACCGAUUUUGGUAUCAUCCGCAAGGAGCCUGUCUUGGUUGUGGGUGGAGGCCUUGUCACCGACGUCGCCGGAUUUGCUUGCGCCGCUUAUCGCCGCAACACCAACUACAUUCGUAUCCCGACAACAGUCAUUGGUCUGAUUGACGCCAGUGUCAGCAUCAAAGUUGCCGUCAAUUACGGUAACUACAAGAACCGACUCGGUGCCUACCAUGCACCUGCACAUACACUCCUUGACUUUGGGUUCCUGAGGACUCUACCAGAGGCUCAAGUUCGCAAUGGCUUUGCCGAGCUCAUCAAGAUCUCGAGCUGUGCUCACUUGCCGACAUUCAAUCUGCUAGAUGAGUUCUGUGAGCGACUUAUGAAGACCAAGUUUGGACGCUCCUCCGAUCAAGACGGGGAGAUCAAGAAAGCUGCCGAUGAGAUCAACCGGAAUGGAAUCUUUGAGAUGCUGAAGUUGGAAACACCGAACUUACACGAGAUCGGCCUUGACCGAGUCAUUGCAUAUGGUCAUACCUGGUCCCCCCUUCACGAGCUUGCACCACCAGUUCCUCUGCGCCAUGGUCAUGCCAUCUCAAUAGACAUGGCCUACUCUGCAACUCUGGCAAAUGACCGUGGUCUUCUUAGCGAUGAAGAACAUCGAAGAUUGCUGGCUCUCUUUUCUCGCGCAGGCCUCUCCAUGGAUCAUGAGCUAUUCAACGAGGAAAUCCUUGAUAAAGCCACACAGGCCAUUUUGAAAACUCGAGAUGGACUACUGCGUGCAGCUGUACCAAGCCCAUUGGGUAGCUGCGAGUUCUUGAAUGACGUUUCUGAAGGAGAAAUGACCCAAGCGCUCCGUCGCCACAAAGAGCUAAUGAAAGAGUAUCCACGUCAGGGUGCUGGGAUUGAGGCCUAUGUGGAUUCCAGUGAUACUGGAUACACUAUCAACCAGUCCCAAGAUGCCCUUCCAAUGCAAGCGCAGGCCUCCAGUGCGGAGGUAUCAAAGAAAUAUGGCCUCAACAAUGGAGUCCUCCAUGGACUGAAAGAGUUGGCUAUCAACGGCCACACGCCUGGUCUUCCUACAAUUGAGCAGAGAUAA